GUAUGUUUUGUAUCUUUCAACUUUGUGUGAUGAUGCCAUUCAAGGAAAAAAAUCACUGCAUGCUGCUGUAAAUGCUAUUUUUUCAGUUCCUAUUUCUGGAACACCUGAAAAUAGCAACACAGAUGAAAGUGAGAAUGCAGAAGUGAAGCCCACUUUACUUUGGAGUGCUCUAUAUAUACAGGAAAUGGCUACGUGUUCAUUUGAUUCCAUUUUCUCAACCCCUAUGCCAGAUGGGAAUCUAAACUACAAUGAUCUUCUAGAUGCAACUAAGAAGCUAUUUCAUAUGAUGUUUCCACAUCAUGAAUUCUUUCCCGAGACAGCCUUCACUGAUCCAGAAGAUGAUGGUCGGUUUGAUCAGAGUCCUAGUGAUGAUUCACUGAACUCUUAACAGUCUGACUGGGCGAUCAAGUCACAUUGUUAGGUUUUACUUACCCACACUGAUUGGCUUGAGAAUUUGAAGGUGCUUGAAUCAGCAGUCCUUUGUGCAUCGAGUGGACAAGAUUGAUGCAUAGAAACAACAAUUUUUGUCUCUUGAACUGUUUUCUUUGAGCAUUCAUCAUUCCAAUUCAGCACCAUGAAGCAGAAACAGAAGGAUUGAGCCAAUAUCUUUUAGUUUAGUUGGAUGUUACACUCGUGGGCAUGUACCAUAUGUGUCUUAUUAUCUUUAUACUCGCUCUGUGAAAUAUUUCAUUGAAGAACAAAUACAUAUUUUAACAUUAUUCAAGUUAUACAGCUUAAGCCUACAAAUGAACUUGAACAUUGCCUUUUUGUAGGAUUGGAUUUUCCCUUUCUAAUUGAUCA